AUGGACAUUGAGGAUGUCGUUGGUCUUGGACCGUCUUCCAGAAAGGAAAAUAACGACACUGUCAUUAAAAUCAGGUUUUUUUUUAGUGAGGCUGUUGUCAGAACCUAACCUGAAGACUGAACAGGAGCAAAAAGUCGAAUGGGUUGAUGAAAGAUGAGAAACCGGAGAAUCUGGACUCUUUCGUUCCUGGAACAAAUCGCGUCUGGGUACGCACCUGGGGCUGCUCACACAACACUAGUGACAGUGAAUACAUGAGUGGUCUCCUUUCUCAGGUCAUUUUUCCGUUCCAAUUCCGAAUAUUCAAUUUUGGUUUUGAUCAUUGAAAGUUUGGCGUUGUUGUUCACGUCGCUCCCGCCGGCGUUUAUCGGUUAUGAGAAAGCUCCUACGAGAAUGGGUGCACUAUUUUCGUGAUGGAAUUUUGGAUUUUUUUUUCCCCUUUAUCAAAAAUCGGAAGAAAAUAUGGGUAAAAAUGAAUAAGAUGUAUGAUAUUCUAGUCUUUUUUUACAAAUGCAGACGGGCUGGAAUAUUUCGAUUCUUUACCAAAAAAAUGAAAUGCUUUUUUUAUAAAAAGUUUCGUGACUUCAGUUUUGGUCCUCAAUUUAAUAAUGAAAUUUAAAGUUUAAAUUUAACAAUUUCACAUUGUUCCGAAAUCUUUUUCAAAAAUUUUCAAAGGGCUUUGAAUAAUUAAUUUUUUUCUGAAAAAUCUUCCUCACGCAUUUCUGCGCAAAAACCUCGGAAGUUUUUUUAAUAUUAGUUUACAAGUUCUUUGAAAAAAAUCAUAGCCAAAUGAAUAGCCGAAAAGUUGUUUUGGCCUUUUCAGGCUGGAUAUCAAAUCGUCAAGCAAGAAGACGAUGCAGAUGUGUGGGUUCUCAACAGUUGCACUGUCAAAACGCCGUCUGAAACGCAGGUCAGUUCAGUGGCUCGUAGGUGGAAGUCUCUAGAAGGUACUAAUACUAAUUUUUCGCCAAAAUAAAGAGUACCGGAUAGAGUUGGGCAGUUUGGCAGGCAAGCAACAUGGUGACGCAAGCGCAGAACAAGGGCAAAAAGGUGGUGAUGGCGGGUUGCGUCUCGCAGGCGGCGCCUUCCGAGCCAUGGCUCCAGGAGGUCUCCAUCGUCGGCGUCAAACAAAUCGACCGCAUCGUCGAAGUCGUUGAGGAGACGCUCAAAGGCAACAAAGGUUUUUCCGUUUGAGAAAUUCAAUUUUUUAAAUCUCAGUGUUUGAUUGAAACGAUUUCAGUUCGUUUGCUGACCAGAAACCGUCCAGAUGCCCCUUUGGCACUUCCCAAAAUGAGGAAAAAUCAAUUGAUCGAGGUCUGUUGGUCAGAGUAUCUCCAUACAUUAACCAACUGGAUAAAGAGGCCAGCAUUUAUUAUUUCGUGCAUGCUUCAACGUAUCGAUGCGUUAUUAACAAUACUAUCUCAAUGUUACAAAAAAAAAAUGUGCAUCGAAAAUUCAAAAGUUUUUUUUCUCGCUUACUGAGGCUAUUCGAUUGAGCUUCCACUCUACCGAAUCCUAUGGAUUUCUUCGUUUUGUAGGUGCUUUCGAUCUCAACUGGCUGUUUGAACCACUGUACCUACUGCAAAACGAAAAUGGCGAGAGGCGACUUGAAAAGUUAUCCGCUGGAAGAGUUGGUUGAACAAGUACCGAAAAAGCUUCAUUCCCCCAAUCAAUGAACGCUUAAGGCGCGGAAAUCGUUUGUCGACGACGGAGUCAAGGAAAUUUGGCUCACUUCAGAAGACCUCGGCGCCUGGGGUCGCGACAUUGGCCACGUCAGCCACAAUUUCAUCUUUUACCGCUUUUUUGUGUUCACAGGUGCUUCCAGACCUUCUCAAUGAACUUGUCAAAGUCAUUCCCGAGGGCUGUAUGAUGCGUCUUGGUAUGACCAAUCCUCCCUACAUUCUUGACCACCUCGAGGUUAUUUCUAUAAUAAUUAUAAACAUGCGAUCCGUCUUGAUGUAACUAAAGUGGGAAAAAUCGCGCUCAGGGUAGAUUGAUUGGAUUAGUUGCUAUUCCACUUCAAAGUUAGUGUUCACCUUGGUAAUGUGUAUUACGAUGAUCCUUAGGUACUCGAAAAGCUUUAAGGAAACUUUAUUUUUUGAAGAGGAUGUGAUUUGAGGAGAUUGCAAAGAUUCUCAACCACCCACGAGUCUACUCGUUCCUGCACAUCCCAGUGCAAAGCGCCAGCGACGCCGUCCUCGACGACAUGAAGCGCGAAUAUUCGCGUAGGCAUUUCGAGCAGAUUGCGGAUUAUAUGAUUGAAAAGUUUGUUUUAUACACUUGUCACCGAUACUAGAUCUCUUUUGUAGAAAAUGAGAAGUAUAUUUCAAAAAAUUGAUCCUCUUUCAAAUAAAAAUUAUUAUUUUUCAUCUUUUCUAUUUUUUUCCUUUAUCCAGUUGCAACUUGAACUACACAUGAUUGAAAUGUAUCCGAAUUUUCACUCUUUAGCAGCUUGAAAAAUUUUAAACUUUUGCUUGUAAAUUUUUUCUUCAACGAGGAGCGACAACUGCAGGUUUAAGGCGAUUGAAAUAUUUUUUAUACGUGAAGAUCUAACGAAUAACGAAGAUCUCUCGCCCGUAAUGAAUCGAAAAUCCGAAAAAUAGAGUUUUUUCAGUGUUCCCAACAUCUACAUCGCAACCGACAUGAUUCUUGCGUUCCCGACAGAGACGGAAGAAGAUUUCCAAGAAAGUAUGCGACUCGUUGAGAAGUACCGAUUCCCGUCGUUGUUCAUCAAUCAGUACUACCCACGUUCGGGCACACCCGCCGCUCGUCUCAAAAAGGUUAACAUGAAUCUAUUAGUUUGAAAGUCUCUCAUUAGAGCUUUUUGAAUUACAAAGCAUCAUUUGCUCAGUAUACAUUUCAUCAGUGAACUCUAAAAGCUUCCCAAGUGAAAAAAAAGCCAUAUUAAGUGUCGGCCAAGAGUUGAACCAACCCGAUCGGCCUACGAGCCAUGUUAUGAGAGAUUAGAAUACCAAAGUUUGUUCUAGAUAGACACAGUGGAAGCGAGAAGAAGAACGGCUCUCAUGUCCGAGUUGUUCCGAUCAUAUUCUCGGUACACGGAGGAGAGAAUCGGCGAAGUGCACGACGUGUUGAUUUGCGAGAAGGCUUCAGGUUGGGCGCGCAGCAGAAUUCUCCGAUAAGACUGCUUGCAGACGGAAAACACGUCGUCGGCCACAACAAAAGCUACGAGCAUAUCCUAGUGACAGCGGACGCAGCGCCGAUGGGCGGCUGGGUGAAGGUGAAGGUGCGUGACGUCUCCAAGUUCUGCAUGAUGGCAGAGCCGCUGCAUCCGACGUCCGUCUCUACUCCACGCGCCGCCGUAGUUACGACGGCCGUGUCUUGGCGCGUUGUAAUAUCUGCAGUCAUUGCGCUAUUUGCUUUCCUCUGCUUUUUCCUCUUCCGGUAG